UGAACAAGAUGAACUUAAACAAAUACACUGAAUGAUUAUACCUGUAUUUAAAUCUCAUUCAAAUGAUCCCAAUUCACACUGUAGAAAAAGAAAGAAAAAAAAAAAUCUAGUGUACUUCUGCGAUCAGUCGAAGUUCCUUUCUGCAUAAAUACUGGAAACAUUUCCACAAAACAGUUCCUUUCUGCAUAAAUACUGGAAACAUUUCCACAAAACAGUUCCUUUCUGCAUAAAUACUUGCCAUAUAAACACAGAUGAGAAACAAAACACAGUCCACUCCAGGAGAGAAACUAGAGUUAGUUUGUUGGCAUUCUGAUGACACCAUAACUGUCUGAAAGUGUAAAUGAAAAUAUAGAAAGGAGUACAACCUGCAUAAUGCACAGAAAAGAUGGACGAACUACCAAUGAUAUCUAUGAAAAUGAUGACAUUAUUAAAGGUAAAAUUGGAAAAGAGAUCACGGACUCAACGCAAAGAAAAUCAUCUGAACUCACAGAAAGUGAUUCUGUGAGGAUCAGAAGCUCCAGAGCAGCUCUAGUGUGUUUGGGGCUGCUGCGUGUUCUUCUGCUGACUGCAGUCAUAGUGCUGUGUGUCUACAUCUAUACAAAGAGCACAAACUACACAGAAGAGAGAGACCAGCUACUAACCAAUAUUACCAGCCUGACAAAGGAAAGAGGCCAGCUAAUAACCAAGAUUACCAGCCUCACAGAUGUGAGAGACCAGUUAAUAAUCCAGAAUGGUAAUCUGACUAAAGAGAUAGACCAGCUGAAAUCAGAAAAAAACAAACAGAUAUGUUUUGACAAAGUAGAUGGAUGGACAAACUAUCAAUACAGUGUUUACUUCAUUUCCUCUGAGAAGAAGAGCUGGACUGAGAGCAGAAAAUACUGUACAGUCAGAGGAGCAGAUCUGAUCAUCAUAAACAACAAAGAGGAACAAAAUUUUGUCAGAAACAUUACUAGUUCUGAAUCAGUCUGGAUUGGUCUGACUGACAGUGAUGUGGAGGGCACAUGGAAAUGGGUUGAUGGCACCAACGUGAACUCUGGUUUCAGGUUCUGGGGGUCUGGAGAGCCAAAUGGAAAUGGAAACGAGGAUUGUGCUCUGACUUAUUCAUCAGGAUGGGCUGAUUUUCUCUGUAAUUUUAAUUAUAAAUGGAUCUGUGAGAAGACUAUAUUUAAAUGACUUGUUACAAUAUGUAAUUCAUAUAUAGGGAGUGCAUCAUGAAACCUUAAACAUCUUUAAAAGUCUUUAGUAAUUUUACCUGUUUUUGUUUGCAUGACAAUUGAAUUAUGCUAAUCUGUAAAAACGCUAAUAUUAAAGCUUUCAUAUGUAUAAACUAUUUAAAUUGUCUUUGUUUUGAAGGCUCAAUCACACCUGAUUUCCUAAACCAAAAUAUGCAGGUGAAACUCUUAACCUAAUUUAUCACGAUUUUAUUGUAUUAUUAUUCAGGACAUCAAUAAAGUUUAAU